GGGAUGCGGGACGGGGCCGGUGCCGGGAGCCGCGCCGCUGUGGGAGCGCGGCCGCCCUCACUAAAGAUGGAGGAGCUCGGCGGGGAAGCGCGGUGAAGAUGGCGGGGUUGCUCCUUCCGGCGGGCUCCGCCCCGCGCCGUGCCCGCAGCAAAGAUGGCGGCGGCGGCCGCUUCCGGGCGGCGCGGAGCGCGGUGUGAGGCGGCGGGCGGCGGGGAGCUACUCUGAGUCGGGGAACAUGGCGGCGGCCGGCAGCUCGCCGACGAUCGUCGAGUACUUCGGGGGAGAGGACGGGUACCGCUGCGGCUACUGCAAGAACGAGAGCGGCAACCUCUCCCACGGUAUGUGGGCACAUUCAAUGACAGUUCAAGAUUACCAGGACCUCAUAGAUAGAGGAUGGCGAAGGAGUGGAAAAUACGUCUACAAACCUAUCAUGAAUCAAACAUGUUGUCCUCAAUACACAAUAAGAUGCCAGGCACUGCGUUUUCAGACCUCCAAAUCUCACAAGAAAGUUCUGAAGAAAAUGUUGAAAUUCAUUUCUAAAGGAGAUGUUUCAAAAGCAGUGAGUGAAGAAGAGCCUAUGGAUUCCCAUAUAGAGGAUGCAGUCUCAUGUGAUUUUGUACAUAGAGGUGAAUCUCGUGUCAGUGAGGCUGAACUGACUCCGUUAAAUGAGGAUCACCCAGACAGAGUGGAGAAUGAAGAUGAGGACAAAGGAGAAACAAAAGAAGAGGUCAAUGUGAAGAAGGCAGAGUUGGCUUCUCUUCAGAUACAUGGAGAUAAAGAUGCAGCAGUCCCUGGAGAACCAUCACCUUCUACUAAAACUGUUCAUGCACCACCAAAGCCAGGCAAAGGGGCUGAUCUGAGCAAGCCACCGUGUCGAAAAGCAAAGGACAUACGGAAAGAAAGAAAACUGCAGAAACUCCUUCAGAACCAGAGGUGCACCCUUGAAGGCUCUCCACUUCAAGCAGAACAUCAGGCUUUACUCUUGCAAAACUCGAAGUCUACAACAAACCAACCAAAAAGCAUUGAAGACUUCAUUUUUGUCCCUUUACCUGAUGAUGCACCGCACAAAUUGGAGGUGAGGUUAGUACGUGUCUCUUUUGAGGACCCACAGUUCAAAUCAUCCUUCAACCAGUCAGCCACUUUAUUUGCCAAGUAUCAGAUGGCUAUACACAAGGACACACCUUCUGAAUGUGGCGAAAAUGAGUUCACACGAUUCCUCUGUGAUUCUCCCCUUGAGGCAGAGAAUCCACCAAAUGGACCAGAAUGUGGCUAUGGUUCUUUUCACCAGCAGUACUGGCUGGAUGGGAAGAUAAUAGCUGUGGGUGUCAUUGAUAUUCUGCCCUACUGUGUGUCCUCUGUCUAUCUGUACUACGAUCCAGACUAUUCCUUCUUAUCUUUGGGAGUCUACUCUGCAUUACGGGAAAUUGCUUUUACUAGGCAACUUCAUGAGAAAGCUCCUGAUCUCUGUUUUUAUUACAUGGGUUUCUACAUUCAUUCGUGCCCCAAAAUGCGCUACAAGGGCCAGUAUAGACCCUCUGACUUGUUGUGUCCAGAGACAUAUAUUUGGACCCCUAUUGAGCAAUGCCUCCCACUGCUCGAGCUAUCCAAAUACUCUCGUUUCAACCAGGAUGCAAAAGCAGUUGAUGAAGAUGGUAUUAAGGAACUGGGCAGAGUUAGAGUACUUCACAAGAGAACCAUAAUGCCUUACAGUGUGUAUAAGAAGAGGAGGAAGGGGCCGAGCGAUGAAGCCAGCGUUCAGCAAUAUGCAAGUUUGGUUGGACAGACAUGUUCAGAAAGAAUGUUGUUGUUUAGAAGUUGAGAAACCAUCGAAUGACGUUUUGAUGGCACAACCACCAUGGAUUGCACUGCCACUGGAUGAUGUAAUGUAGUUGUGUGUUGGUAUGCCUACUGGAGUAACAGUAUGAAGUACAGGUAUAUAACUAGGCUUGUGAAUAUACAUGGAACUGUGUUUAAAGACAACUCCAAUGAAACUUUUGACAAUACAGCAAGGCUUUAGCAAUAUAAGCUUAGAAAAACAUGCUUGCAGUACAUUUUAAUUAAACAGUUCUUGUCUUUCUUUGCAUUUUGAAUAAUCCUAAGUAAGCAAAAUGAAAAACAGGUGUUUUUUCUGCAGACAAAGGUUGGCUAAAUCUCCAUUAAUGAUAAUUAAAUCACAAGUGUUUUCAAAUAGCAGCUUGGCUAUCUGUUAUAUAAAAUUGCCAUUAAAUUUGUACUCACGUUUAUAUGUUCCUAAACUAUUGCAAGAGAAUUGAGAUGUUGUUACUUUUCAGUUGGAAACUUGAAAUAGUUUAAUUAUAUUUCAACACUGUAUUUAAAAACAGGAAGAAAUAAUUUUCACUGCACAUUCUUCAGUUGUUUAAUGUAGCAGGUUAGCAUCUGAGCUUCUACUGAGUGUGGAAUCAUAGUUGAUUGUCAGUGGCAGGAGAUGCAGCACUUUGGAAAACCUUCCCUUUCAGAGACAAAACAGAGUAGUUGCACUAUAAAUUUACCAAAGAGAUGCAACCAAGUGUCAUGGAGUUCUGUGGGGUAUUUUGUUGUUGGUUAUUUGUUUUAAGCCUUAUCCUUUAUCUAAAAAAAAGUGGAUAUUUUAAUGCACGUCACUGAUGUGAAAUAGAGUUUGGGAUAUUCAGCUUACAGCUCUUUAGUGCACAUUUCAGAACUAUGCUAAAAAUGAUGUGAGGUACCACUGCUGGUGGUUGUUGCAAUUUUUUCAGCAGAGUUGUAUGGGGAGUCUUGCAUAUCCUAUUCCUUGAUCUUUGUGACUGUUCUGUUUAUGCCACAGUGGCCCACGGGUUAUUAACAUCUUCAAUUGAACAUUUCUCUUGGAAACAGAAAGAUGUGAUAUGUUAUCAAAGCACUUUAUUACUGAUAUACUAAUGCUUUCAUUAGUAAACUGCAUCUGUAUCAAGUCAUACAGGGGAAAUAAUCUUUUUAUUCACCAACAACAUUAUAACAAUCCCAGUGUGUUGGUAAUUUGCUUAUCUUGGGUGACAGGAGCUACUAUUUACCUUGAGACAACCUGAAGUUUCCUGUUAACCUUUGAAGAAGGAGAAUCUUAUUCAAGAAUAUAUGUGUACAUGUUUCUUUUUCCCCAGAAGGAAAUCAAAUUCAACUUUAAUCUCUGAAGGUUAUGUCUUGUGUCAGUUGUGGGCUUGAUUUAAUUUUGAACCCUUGGCCAGUAUCAUUAAUCAUUGAUUUUUAUGUGAAACAGCCACAAGAAUGUAGAGAUUCAAGUGCGUUGGGGAUUUAUUUUUUUCCCACGUCAGUUUGGUCACUGCAGUAUUACAGGUGAUGAGUGCGGGUUCAUCAGUAACUUUAAAAUGUGUUAAUUGCUGUGUAUUGUAUCAAUCUACUGCCACUUUGCAACAGAACUGGUUAUUUCUGCCAGCCUUGUAGCUGGAUGUACGUGCGUUAUCUGGAACAGCGAGGUUUGUGUGCUGUACAACCUGUGUCUGCCCACAUCUCACCUAAGCCUACUGCUACAAGACCACUAACUGCUAUUUAUGGCUGUUAUAAGGAGUUGUUUGCUGUGGGGGAAAUACCUCUUACCACUUGGUGAAACGUUGGAAUAGUGUAACAUUUUCUGCCUAUCCUGUGUGUUGAAAUGUGGUGAUGCCCAUAGAGCUUAAAAACAAAAUGGAAACCUUUUUGUGUGAUAUAAAAUCAGUCAAAAGGCACAAAGAAAAAUCCACUAUGACUUUCAAAAUAUUAAAGGUAAUAAAACUCAUUUACUGAAGGACUUGCUGAACCUGGAAGUUCUUUACAGAGAGAGUGGUGAGGUGCUGGAACAGCUGCCCAGGGAGGUUGUGGAUGGCCUGUCCCUAGUGGUGUUCAAGUCCAGGUUGGAUGGGGCCCUGGGCAGCCUGGUCUGGUAUUAAGCCUGGUCUAGUAUUAGAUAUGGAGGUUGG